GAGGAUAUCUAAAAAAAUGUUGUUGACAAGUUUGUGCGAAUACGUGUAAACAUUGAUAUGCAAAAAGAUGGAUGAGAAUGUGUUUGAGGUGCCAGAGGGAACCGAGUACCGUUACCUGGUGCAGGAUGAAGGCGAGGAGGAGAUCCAGUAUUGCAGACGUCACUAUGUUAGUCCAUUCCUUGUUUUGUCACGCAAGUGUAUGUUUCUUAUUGUGUGUGGUGUGCUGUCUCUGCUCACACUUGCUGGCUACCUGGCCUAUGUGGCCCAGACCCCUCCCCCAAGUCUCGUAGAGGUGGUCACAGAAUGUGGUUGGUUGCGUGGUCGUUCGAAGGAUGGAGCCUACUCUUUUAAAGGGAUCCCAUAUGCUGCACCACCUGUUGGCCCACGGCGGUGGCAACCUCCAGUCGACCUACAUGAGGCUGGGCUGUGUUGGCAUGGCGUUUUGGACGCGACACAUUUCCGUAGUGUCUGUGCACAAGUGCAGCCACUAAACAGUCAGGGGCAUGUGAUGGGACAAGAGGACUGUCUACACUUGAGUGUUUGGACACCAUCCCUGCAACCCGCAGAACCUCUACCUGUUAUGGUAUGGAUCCAUGGAGGAUAUCUGCACAUGCUGAGUGGACAAGAGAAGGGUUACUCUCCCACAGAGGAGCUAGCUGUCCACACUCAGACAGUCUAUGUUAGUAUGAAUUACAGACUCAACGCCUUUGGCUUCAUGGCUCUUGAGCUGCUCAGAGAGGGGUCUCCCACCAAUACCUCUGGGAACUACGGCUUCAUGGACCAGAUUCUAGCUUUACAGUGGGUCCAAAAAAAUAUCCACAUUUUCGGGGGAGAUCCAGGAAAGGUCACCAUAUUUGGGCAGAGUUCAGGAGGCACAUCGGUGUGGGCUCUAAUGAUGUCACCACUUGCUAAGGGUCUUUUCCAUCGUGCAAUCGACAUGAGCGGCUCAUAUGUGCUAAAUGCCUCACUGAGGUCAGCAGAGAAAGAUAACCUUGUGUUCCUGCAGAAGACUGGCUGCACAAACGCGGCCUGUCUGAGGGGACUGACCGUCAGUCAGAUCCUACGGGCAAUUCCAUGGCAAGAGUACCCAUACUGGGCAGCAGAUGAUCUGGUUGAUUUACCAGUUAAAGGGCGCUUUGUGGGUCCAAUUGCUGUUGUUGAUGGUCAUGUACUCUCUGAUCCUCCAUUCGAAACCUGGGAGAAGAGGGGAACCUAUAACGAUGUGCCAUUCUUGAUUGGAACAACCGCACAAGAAACAGACUUCAGUCCCCCAUAUGAGAACAUGUCUAUGUGGCUAUGGGGAGACUAUCAGUGGUUUGUUACAGAAAAACUUAGUCCUUUUGGAGAGAACGUGACCUCACAGGCACUGAGGCUGUAUAACAGCUCUGCACCUUGCCCAACCCCUGACCGCUGUCCUGAGAGUCUCUACACAACCAUGGUGUCUGACAUGAGGGUGACCUGUCCAAUGAAUGACCUGGCCAAGAGGGCUUCAGAGGCCCUUAAGAGCCCUGUGUAUCGCUAUCUGGUGACCUAUACUCCAUCCAAAGAGGCUAACGUCUCAGGCUUGCUGACUUUCCCCAGUCGUUUUUCCUUUCAUCUCCUGGACAGCCUGGCAUUUUUUAGGGGGCUUAAGAAUGUGUUGGGGACCUUAAGCCCAGAAGACAUGGCUUUUCAAGAAGUGCUCACAAAGUACUUCAUCCAUUUUGCAAGAGAAGGGAGGAUGCCAGAUGAGUGGCCAGAGUUUCCUUCAAACACAGCUCUGCUAGCCAAGGAUCUGUCUGUGGUUCAGAAUCCCUCAGCCCAGCGGUGUAGUCUAUGGGAGAACAAUGGGUUCUACUCAUACGCCUGGAUCAACUGACCAUUUACCAUACUAGUCAGCAGUGAGAUAUGAAGAAGAAAUGUUCAGCUUUGAAUCAAUUUUAUUGCCAUAUUGUCGAAGCUCAUGAUAUUGUGAAAUGUUAGACAUAUCUGUAUUGUUGUUUUUUAAUGGAAUUUGAAGGGAACAAUUAUGAUGAACAUAUAUUUAUAAGGUGUUGCACUAAGGGAAAAUCUACAUUUAGUCACUGUGGCGUAACAGAAUUUGAACCAAAUGUAUGUAUGUAUGUCUGAAGUAUGAAACAAAGAGAACUUUACUUUUUGAUGUUGCAGUGGUGUAAGCUGAAUGUCCUCAGGGACUUUUUUUGAGGGUUUUGAAUCACUUUCAUUCCGUUUGUGUUACAGUACCUUUUUUUUCACCACAUUCACAAACCUUUCAUUUCACUGAAGCAGAGGGCAUUUUAAAUAAUUAAGGGCUUUGCAAAAGACAAUACCUACAAAAGUGGUGAUGUACAAUGUUUUUCUGUUUUUCAUUCCUAUCAUCUCCUCCUAACUGAACAUAAAAAGCUGAAGGGACACUUACACUUAUAUUGAUGCAUUGAUUCUAAUUAAAUGUUAUAAUGCAAUUCGGUCAAGUCUUCAUUUGCUGACCAAGCCUUGCUUUCAUGUAGCUUCUUGUGAUCAAAGGCUCUUUGUCUACAGCCGUGCAGAACCUAUAAUUUUUAAUCACACAACAUAGCUCUCUUGCUUAACCUAGUUCAUUCUUUUUGUCAACUCCUCUGUUUCCAAGGUUAAAUGAAGAGGGGGUGGGUUUUUCUUGUCCUAACAUAUAUGAGAAUAGGGAUGAAAGACCUUCAUUCAAAAAGCCACAUGAAAGAGCUGAUGUGUGUUAGCACUUAGUUUAAUUUAAAGGUCUCCCAAUCCUGCUUAUGAGUGAGCAAGGGUCAGCUACUUAUUCUUCCUAUUAAUAUCCUGUUUUAACAGUUUGCCUUGUGAUAAUGUCUUGGAUUGUGUUUUUAAUAUGUUGUUACUGCUAUUCACUUAUAGCACUUUGGUUUACUUUGCACUC